UACUGCUUGCAAUUCAGAACCUGAGCAGGAAGGAUCAGGCUGCUUAAAUUCAGCUGAGGCUGAGUUCCGUAUGGCCUUCCUACUGGAGACUAGCAUUUUGGAGGACAGUUGGGAUUUGUUUUUUUCUGCAAUACAGUGGAUACAGUUUGUCAUGGCUACUCUGAGUGUUAUAGGUUCAAGCUCACUUGUUGCCUAUGCUGUAUUCCAGAACAUACAGAAAUCUCCAGAGAGAAGACCACUCUUUUACCUGAGCUUCUCUGACCUCCUUUUGGGGAUAUACUGGCUCACUGAGGCACUUCUCUAUGGUACUUCAACAGCCAAUAAGGACAUUGUCUGCUAUAACCUGCAAGUAGUUGGACAGGUAUUGUACAUCUCCUCAUUUUUCUACACCAUCAAUUAUAUCUGGUAUCUGUACAAAGAACUGAGGAUGAAACCUAGCCAGAGUGCACAGAGGACAUUUUCACUGGUUAUAGAUUAUACCUGCCGAAUUAGUCAAAUAGCCAUCAUUUUGUCCAGUCUGAUACCUCUACUGUUGAUGGUACCUGUAUUCUGUUUGGGCAACGUCAGUGAAUGUUUCCGCAACUUCAGCCAGAGCCACAGGUGUAUCCUGAUGUACUCACCACCACCAGCCAUGGCUGAGCUCCUGCCUUCUGCCAACACAUCAGUCUGUAGCACACUUUAUUUUUAUGGGCUCAUCAUUUUCCUGGCCAGCUUUGUACUCAGCUUCUUCACCAUUGUGGUUUUACUCAUUCAAGCCCAGACACUCUACAAGAAGUUUCUGAAAUCGACUGGCUUUCUGGGGAGUGAACAGUGGGCAGUGAUUCACAUCAUGGAGCAGCGAGUACGUUUCUACCCAGUGGCCUUCUUUUGCUGCUGGAGCCCAGCUGUCAUUCUGAUGAUCAUAAAGCUGACAAAACUGCAGGGCACCAGACUUCAUAUGGCCCUCUAUGUUCUCCAGGCUCUAACAACAUCAUCUCUGGGUCUGCUCAACUGUGGAGUAUAUGGCUGGACACAGUACAAGUUCUACCAACUAAAGCAAGAGGCUCGGCGUGAUGCAGACACCCAGACACCAUUAUUAUGCUCACAGAAAAGAUUCUAUUGCAGGGGCCUGGAUCCGUUGGAGUCAACUCUUGCUUUUGCUACUAGCACCUCUACCAUUCUUUGAAACUAAAAACUAGAACAUCCAGAACUGGAAUUAUCCUGCACUAGUGGUUUGGGCAGAGUGUUUGCGGCCAACAUCUUAAGUCUUUUCUAACCAUACCUUAAGGUAUAGAAGUGAAAGAGAAUAUAGUACCAUGAUUAGUAGCUACUGUAGUUGAAGUGGGUGGAAUCCAUCCAUUAUUCUUAGAUCCACAGAUUAAGUCACUGUUCAGGGAGAUGAAGCUACUUUCCACCUAAGAGAUACACUCAUAUUACUUGAAUAGAUAUUAGAUUUGUGGAGUCUCUUCUGGAAAAAAAUAAAUUUCAAGUUAUUAUUAGUUAUUAUUUAUACAAAAUAUUUCCAGGCCCUCUACUGAGUGGUUGUGGGGGAAGCAGUGUGGCAUGCAACAACUUUCUCAGAUAUUUACAUUGCUUUUCCUUCUGUUGAACAAAGAAAGUCCUGGUUUUACAUUCUUUGAACAGAGUUUUAGAAAUUCAAAAGAAGCAAGGACAGAAGAUGUCAAAAAAGUGAUAGGGAGAUCCUCAGACACUUGACAUCCUAGUCUCGUAUAUAUUCCAUGCUGUUCUAGGUCUUAAGAAUAGAAACCAUUCCCUUCUAGAAAGUUAAGGCCAGUCUUUUGAAGUUACAGUGGAUAAUAAGAUUUAAGAGAAAUCAGGACUAAAACUGAAACAAAAACUUUUCAACUCUCAUUUAUAAGCAGAAAUCCUAGGUUGUAGGUUUCAUAGUGCUUAGAAGUGGAAUUAGAUUGAACAUUAUGAACUUGCCAUUUUUGUAGGUUAAAAUGGUCUAAUGUCAUCUAUUUUACAUGGUUCAACCUGACUGGAAGUGCUAAAUAUAUGUUUAUUGAAUAAAUGAAUAAACAGGUGAAUGAAUGACUAACAAGUAGAAUUGAACCUUUGGGAAAGAAAAGACUCCCACACUGAAGAGGCUCGUUCAUGGGUAGGGAUGUUUAAUGUUUCUUCCUCUUUAGUCAUGUAACAAAUGAUGUUUGGUCUCUCCAGUUAAGUCAAGAGCAAAGCCAAACCAGGGCCAGGGCAUCAGAUGCUGUGAUGCCUAAACAAAGGGGAAAGCCAAAUGGACAAAAACUAGAAUGAUAAUCAACUAAAACAUCUAGAAUGUUUAUUAAAUCAGAUACUUUUCGCCUAAUAUAUUUCCUUGGCCUGUGCAAGCUAAAAUCAUUAAGAUUAGAGAAAAUUGACAGAGUAGAUUAUAAUGGGAGAUAAAACAGUAUACAAUAUAUUAGAAAUAUAU